AUGAGCAACUACAUCUGGAACAACACCUACUCGCUAGAAUUUUUGAGCGAAGACUUUUACGAGCUGAACAUCAGUACAAAGGACAACGUGUACGAAGUUGUGAGGAAAAGGAAAGAUGACAACGAAGUAGAGAGCCUUAGCAUUAACAUAAGCAACCACAUAUGUAUGUUCGUACAGCUGUUGGAUAACUUGUUAGGGAAAAUCAGUUACAAUAACAGCACAAUCAAUGACACAUUAAAUUAUAAAAAACUGUCGGAUAUCUUCCACUUUGUAAAAAAUCAACUAUAUAAUUGUGAUUACAGCUUGUUUUUGAGGAUUUAUUCUAUUUACCAUACGUAUAAUCAUAGAAAGAAUGGGUACCUGGAUGUGAACAAUCUGUACACAUUCAUUUUGGACAUAAUAAACAAGAUUGAAAAUUUGAAUGAAAAUAAUUUUUUGAUUCUCCCUGGAGGGUUUUACUUACAAAAAGAAAAAAUGCUAAUUAAAAUUCUGUACAUAAUUCAUAAAAAAAAUAAUAUGUACAGUUUUGCCGUUUUAAAUAAUUCCAUCUAUGGCAUUCAGUAUCAUCCUUUCAAGAUUGACGAAGUGGACAACUUGGGUGUUCUCCUAAGGGACGUAACUCUAUGUAUAAAAAAUAUUAGCAAAAAUUUCCUCACCAACUCCUUAUUUUGGCUGUGUCUGUACCGACUGUAUAUUUUCCCCAACCCGGACAACGUUGACAUUUUGUACCAAGUGCUGCUGCCAUAUCUGAACAACUCCUUUUUGACGAACAACUGGAAUUUGAACAAUAAUAAGACGGUCCGGGUGUCCCAGCCGGGGGGGACCGCUGUUAGCGGCAUCAGCGGUGCCGGGGUUGGCAGUGUUAGCAAUGUUAACAGUGUUAGCAGCAUUAAUGUCGACCCUUACGCAGACGCUUUCAGCCGGAUGGGAAACGCCCCCAAUUCGCAGAACCUCCUGAGCGGUACGCAUAACUAUGCAAACAGUUCGAAUCAUCCCGCUAAAAAUCGCGCGGGGGGAAAUUUCAGUGGCCUUGACCAAGCGACCAAUUUGAGCAACUUCGACCAAUUGACAAAUUUGAGCAACUUUCACCAUGCGACAAAUUUUAACGAUCGAAGCCAACUGUCCAAUUUUAAUAACCCUGGCCAAGUGUCCAACUUAAUCAACUUGGACCAUGUGGGAAGCUCCACGGAGGAUUUCCAAAGGGCAAAUAAAUUUAACAGAUAUGAAGGUAGCCCGCCCCAGAAGCCGGACUAUUUCAGCGCUUUCGAUUUUGUCGAUCAUGUGAAUCCCCGGGAGGGGGGCAACCAUGUAUACGGCGCUGCCGGAAUGGGAAGCGAAAUGGGAAGCGGUAUAGGCAGCGGAAUGGGCAGAAAGAUGGACAGCGGGAUGUACGAUGGGCGAUCCACCAACAACAACUUCUUCAGCGACGGAAGGAGAAACGAAAAGGCGGCAAACGAAAGUGAGAAAUACGGAGGAAUAUACGUAAACAUUUACAAAAAUAAAUUCACCUCCUUCUCCAUGAGCUUAUACUAUUGCAUAGUUUACAUUCUCAAAGUUUUGAAUAUACAAGAGGAAGACAUCGAGGUGUUUAAAAUUUUUCUCUACUAUAGCAUCGUCUUGAAAUUGUGUGACGAUUUGUUUGUGUAUGAUAAUGCAGAGAGGAGUCGCAUCGAUGGUUCCAAUUCGAGAUUCAUGGCCACAGGAAAGGGGAACUUCUUCCCCAAUAGAAAUGACAAGAAGGAGGCCCCCUUUUUUGGGAACAAUAUGUCUUAUCCAGUUGAUGGUUUCUCCCCCAUAAUGGACAUAAACCAUUUGAGUGGGAAUUAUGACCACCGGGGAGAUGGACAACAAAUGUACCUUCAAAAUGAUGGAAGCAUUUCGAAAAGCGACGUCUACGGCAGAGUCGAAAUGAAAAAGGACCCAAACAAAAUAGACUCCACCUUUUUCGACUUCCUAGACAUGAGCAUCAGAAAAUUGUGCAUCCUCUUUCACCAAUACUUUUGUAAAAUGAAAAUGGGAAUAUACGACAAAAAUAAAAUGAUAAGAAAUGAGAUUCUUAAUGAAAUAUUGAAGAAGGUGGUAUUUGUAAAAUAUAUGUACACCAAGGUAGAGUCUAGGUUUUAUGCAGACGUAACCAUAACGGGGGGGGGAGAGUUAAUAAAAGGUAAGGAUUACAAAAACAGCAUUAAAUUCCCCAUGGAGAUACUAUUACAGGAAGAUAUGUACAAGAAUUAUCGCAAAGUAGAAAUCAAAAAGGAUGUGAACAUUCCCAUUUCUUUUUACAUUUCGAGGAGAAGCAUCCAAUGCUUUAACGACCUGUAUGUUAUACUUUAUCAGACGAAUAUUAUAACGAAUAUAUUAAUUAAUCAGAAGAACUACAUUAAACAUUGCUAUUUGCUGGCCUUUUCCUUCGUUUCCCAUGUCCUCACCAAUAUUUUGCCAUCCCCGAAGCAUUUUAUUUACUUGUCCCAAUUUCAGAAGCUGAAGAGGUCACUCCAGAUUAGUCUCUUCCAGGAAAUACACCUCAUGCACAACAGUAUAUAUUUUAUAUCCUGUUCGAUUGUCCAGAAUAAGCAAAUCGUCAUGUACAAGAUUGUUGACAGUUCCAUGCUUUUGUUUUUGUACGACUUUCUGUUGCGCAUUCCGUGUGUGGACGUGUGCUCUCCGUUCGCAGUGCAUUACAACGGAUUCUCGCCCACCAGGGGAAGUUAUUUGGUUUACCCCCGGGCGAGAAACGGCGUUGGGAGCGUUGCGAGCGGUGAGAGCGAGAGUGCAGAGCGCAGAAGAGGCCGCAGAAACGGUGGAAGUCACUACCAAAUGAUGAAGCAAUUCUCGAGGAAUGUGGCAGAGAAUGACAGCUACUCCUCGCUGGACGAAUGCGUACACGCGCCGAGUGGAGCGGGGAUCCAACUUUCCGGGUACUGCAUAGACAUAUCAGUGCUGGAAUGCUUUAGCAACUUCUUUCUCAUCAUAAAUCCGAAGCUAAACAUAAUGAGGUCAGACAUCAUAGAAUAUUUUUACAAAAUUAGUGAGAAAAAAAUUAACAAAAACAGUGAGCUCUUUUUAUUCGAAAAAAGUGACGACAUAAACAGGAGCGAAAUAGAAAUUCUGGAGAAUAUCAGCUUAGACCUAGGGUUAGAAAGGAAGAAAAAUAACAUCAUAGAAUAUUAUUGUGGAGAAAAUGCCCUCUUCAAACAGUUGAUACCAGAAUUUUACCACCUUAGAGAUAUGCUUUUCUUAUUCAAGUCCUAUAUGUGUCCCUAUAUUGACAAAUUACCAUCUGUGCGGGUUUACAAAUACGACGACAUAAAUUUAAGGUUUAGCUACAAGAACAAGUUAAAUGUGAGUGUUUUUAAUCGUGAUAUUGAUAUAUGUGGGUAUAUGUGCCCCCCUAAGGAUACGAAACUGAAUUUUUUUUCCUUCCUCUACCAGUUUAUGCAGUCCCAGGAGAGUAAGAAGGACAACUGUAUUUUGACCUACUCGAAUCCUAAUAUGUAUACCAGUACGUACAUCGAAAACGAGUUGGACGUUUUAUACGUAAACGAUUUGCCUUCUUUUCAUCCCUCCUUGAAUGUGCGAGAUGUUGAAAUUCUGCUGCAAUAUUUGACCGUCCCAUAUAUUCGAAUUCCGCUAAUUUUGGAAUUUUUUUGUGACAAGAACAGAAUUAAGAGUUUCCAAUGCUUUGACAUCCAACAGCUACUUCUGUGCACUUUGUUCGAGCCUUACAUUUUUAAAAAUAAGUAUAAAGUUACGGAGGAGGAUAAUUAUAUUCCUACAAAGGACAGGAACAUCUUCGCCACGAAGUAUGGGCUGCUACUGAACGAACUGAUUAUGAGUCCCAAAAAUGUCCUUUGCAGCAUUUACUCCUACUUGGAACUGUUCUUCAGUUUUGAUAAGGAGAAUAGCAGCAGCGGAAAAGUCAUCAUGGUGUUUAUCGUCAUGUUAUGUACCUAUGUUAACUCGUACAUAGGACUGGUAGUCGAAGCGAAUAGGGAAAUACGCGCAAAUUUGCGCAACAUUGAAAAUAUUGUCGCAAAGGAGGGACUCCUACCUGGGGGGAAGCGCACUAAGAAAGGGGUUACCCCGCAAACGGGGAAACACCAAUCGGGUGAGACAAAGAAGGCAAAACGGAACAGAAAAAGGAAAAGAAAAAAACUUCACUUCUUUAAUAAACUGAGAAAAAAAUUGAUAAAAAAUGAAUUAUAUUGCUCCGAUGAUGUUUUCUCGAAUUUGGAAACUUACUACAGGAAGAUAAAAAGAAAUCUAGAGGACGAGGUCAUUGAAGUUUUGUUAAAGUAUGCCAGACUGUGCAUCCAGAAGAAUGACAUAACCACAUGCUGCAUAUACCACGGAUGCAUCCUGCUAAUUUAUAGGGAUAUCAAAUUUAGGGAGCUCAACCGAAACAACGUGAAAAAUUUAUUGUCUUCCAUUUUUUUCAUUUUAACUUAUUACACCUUCAAUGCGGAAACGAACUACGCGGAUUUGAAGAAUAUAUAUGGGUUGGGUUCCCUCUUUGUUAAUACAAGUGACAGUUUGAGCGGAGGAGGCAUGAAAUUCUCCCACGUGGGGAGGAGCAAUGACAAGGGUGCUACAAACGGACAGGAAAUCCCUGGUUCUGCUGGAGACCCCUCCAAUGACAGCUUUUCCAUGCUCAUUAAGACCUUUUCCCUGUGCGAAUGUGACAUUUUUAUUUCGAUACAUAGGCAUAGAAAUAUGCUGUUGAAAUAUUUGGAAAGAAACGAAAUGGAGCGAAACAUCAUUUUCGAGCAUACCAUCCAUGUUUGUGCGUGUGUUCACGAGAAUAACAAAAAUGAAUACACUAGAGGUGGGGGACUCAACCGGUUUAACUCAAAUAUUUUUUUGAAUUUCCACGCGAAUCAAAAUAUCAUAAGGAAGUGGCUACCCGCGCAUAAGUUCAAGCACGUGGGGAUUUAUACCAUAGAGAAUGUUACCCAUGGCAGGGGAAGCCGCAGGGAGGAGCAAGAGAAGGGGGAGGCAGGGCAAGGGGAAGGUGUACGGCGCGGAGGAAAAAUGGGCACGUCGAAUUAUUUUUUUACAUCCUCUGAUUCGUCCAGUUCGUCUGCGUUGGCCAGUUCGUCCGGUUCGACCGGUUCGACUGGUUCGUCCGCUGCUUCCAACUCCUCCAUGUCCUCUUACGAUGAUGACUUCACGUCCACGGAGGACGACGAAUCGGAGGAGUGCGAAUCUGUCGGGGAGGUGGCGAACAAAUCGGUGCAGAAGAAACACCAAGGAGGGCCCGCCGCCCCCAAGGAGAGGGAAGCGGAAUCAUUGCCAUUUGAUGAAAACGCAAGCGGGAAAAAGGACGGAGGGGAUAAAAAUGGGGACCUCUCUCAGGAGAAUGCGACGAUGCGGACGGAUCAGCCAACUCGUGAGAAGUCCAGAAAGAAGACAAAAAAGAAGCUCACUGAAAAGCUGGAAGCGAACGGCGAGGCGAUGAAGAUAAACGAAUUAAAGAGGAAGAAGCGAAAAAAAAAGAAGAAAAAGAAAAAGCAAAUGAAGAUGAUGCAAAAAAGAAGAAGCGACUUCUUGGACAAUCAGAACGAUGAAAGUUACAAAGAUGAAACGAAAAGGAACCCCUUACACGACACGGAGUCGUUGCACUCCAACUCGAUUAACCCUAUUCUAAACUUCCCGUCCUUUUUCAGAAGCACCAGUAGAAACAUCACCAGCAGUAGCGAAAAGAGGAAGUUAAGGAGGCAAAGGGCCCAAGCCAGGGCAAAAGCCAAGAGGGACAGCAUCCUCAGCAACAACAAGUACAUUUCGUACAUAAAAAAAAUAAUAAAAGAAAAAAACAUUCUGAUCAAUCUACAGCUAUUCACAUUCUCCUACAAGGAUAAUAAUAUCAUUACGCUAAACGAUAACAUGAAGAAGUUUAAAAAUUACAGAGAUGUCUUUUUCAACAAUAAAAGUAUCUACCUGAGCAGUGAGAAGAGAAAAAGAGCACAUCACAGCAGCAAAAUGAAAAAGAAAAAUGUGAAGGUCUUAAUUACGCAGUCGUAUCAAAACUUCUGCGCCUUUAGCAUUAUUGGGAAGAAACACAAUUUAGAAGUCUGGAGAAUUUCCAACAAAAUAAACUUAAAAAAUUUAAUGAGUUACCAAUAUGAUAAAUCCAAAAUAUUUUACCUCAAAAGUGGUAGCCUACUGAGCGGUAUGAAAUUUAGCCCCACGAAAACGGAGCGGGCUAGUAGUGAAAACGCCUCUGGUGAUAAUCUCAAUAUGACCUGCUUUUACAACUUUCUGUCGAACGAAGUUAAGACGGGUGUUCUGUACGAGCAGGAGAACAACGAGAUGUGUGUGCGGAUCAUUUGGAAGUUUAAAAAAAGCGACAUGAGUAAACCAGAUGGGGAUAAUAACCCCAAGAGCAUCCGAAUCGGUGCAGAGGAUGUCAAGGGUAAGGACAACGGCGCCGUAGGGGGGGUGGAUGAUUAUGGAGCGAGAAAGGAUAAGGAAUUUUUCGAACUGAAGUCCUUUAAUAUUAAUUAUGAGACCCAGAACAUUGAGGGUUUGUUCAAUUUUAAAUAUGAGGAGAAUCAGUAUGAUAGCAGCUUCAUCAACACAACGGAGGAGUCCUCCUUCAGUGAUGACACCAGGAUUGUUUCGAAUGGGUACGACCAGGAAGCUCACCCCGCGAGGGACAAUGCGGAGAAGGCGUCCACCAAGUUGGUGCCCAGUAGUAGUAGUAGUAGCGACGGGUGUAGCGCAACGAGCAAUGGAGGGAGUAUUGGAGGAAGCAGCGGAAGGAGCAGCGAAGGAAUCAGCGUGGGAGGAGGACACCUCGCCAUCUACGGUGCGGGAACUGAGCCAAACUGCCGCACUAAAGGGACAACAAUCCAGCAAGCGAAACAGGGAAAUUACAAAGAAUCCGCGGGGGGUAAGUUAAAAAGCGGCGCCACCCAUUUGGAGGCAAAAAGGGAGAAGGAAAAAAAACAGAAUAAUAAAAAAGACAGCCAUGUGGAUAAAGAAGCACAAGAGGAAGAAGAACAUGGACUUCGAGAAAUAAUUUAUCGGAAAGAUAUAAACUGCAUCUACAUUUACAACAUCUAUUUUAAACUGAACCGGUUUGUGAAGAAGCUGUAUUACUGCAGUGACGUGAAAAAGGUGUACUUCUCUACCAGCAUAAACAGGUGUAAAAAUUUGUUUUACAAUUUUGAAAAUAACAAUGUGCGUCUUUGUUACUAUAACAGUAAGGAGACGUACGACAAGUACAGCGUGAGCAUAUCGAGAAAUCUGUACAACAAUAUCCAGGUGCAGAGCUAUUUGAACCCAGUGCACUUGUCCACCUUCGUUCCGAACAUUUUGUUGCAGUACUACAGUUUCUGGUACAAUUCGGAUGGAAGUAUUAUUGGGGAAAUCAAGAGUUUGAAGAAGAAUCGGAAGAACAGAAAUUCGAUCAUAUACAUUAGAUUAUUCGGGGGAGAGCGGGAGGAGGGACUGGUGCCCACCGAAGAGACGGGGAAAAAGAACAGAUACCUCAAUUCUGUGACGAAGGGAUUACUCCCGCAUGAUGCAGAGAGCAAGCAUAUGCUUAGUAGGAACCAUUAUGGGGUUGUGCAGAAGUUACAAAUUUUUAAUUCACCAAAAGAUUCAAGUAAAAUCACAUCCUUGAGAGUGAACAAUGAUUACAAGGCGAUGACUCUUAUUAACAUCCUGAGUUAUGAAAAUAACGAGGUGUAUAGAGAUUUUUACAAUCUAUUGAUGAAAUUUGAUCACAUUACUUAUUUACUAAUUUAUACGUUGAAUGUCCCUUCCCUUUUUGGGGGUACCUCCGAACAUGUGGAUGUGAGCACCAUUCCAAUAACAGUGGAUUUGGUUGAAAUACCACGGUUAAACUUGACGCUGAGGAGGAACAAUGUGGAUAUAAGGAUGGGUUCCGGUGAAAGGGAUGAGCCAAGUGAAAACCACGGCGUUUUGUCCACCGAAGCGGCGAAGAAGGAUUCUUGUAAAUACCACUUCGAAGAGCUCAACAUGCAUUUAUACACAGGAAAUCUCCAGAAGUAUAGCUACAUAUACAACGUAAUAAAGAAGAUGAAUAACACAGUUCUACUGCAGAACAGCAAAAGUGACUUCUUCUUUCUGGUGUCCCUCUUGAAUAAGCCAUUUUUUUUGAACAUUGCAAAUUUGUAUAAAGAAUUUAACAAGAAAAAUAUCCACUUGUGUACUCUCUUGGAGAAGCAUAUAAACAUCCUGCUAAAAAAUCACAUGUACGUAACUAUUUAUUAUCAUAAUUUUAAUAUAAAUAUGAAUGUAAACAAGAAUGUGGAUGUGCUGAGUGAGAACGCGGAGACGGACACGGCGUCCACUCUGCAGUACAUCAUUUUGUCCAUCCAUAGUUCGAAGCUCUUUAUCAAUUUCAGAAAUAUUUACAGCUGCUUCUUUUUUAUCGUGUACAAGUAUAUACAGAAGGAGCAUGAAGAGGUGGUCGAAUACUGCAACAAUUUGAGCGUCUGCAAAGAUGACAUUAAGGAGAUAAAAUAUUUGUUAAACAUUUUAAACUACUGCGAUAGUAGCAUAUUUUCGGAUGUGGACUCUUGUGCAUGCAGAUUGAAAAUAUUUAUCACCCUGUCCAAGCAGAUAAAAAUUAUUCUCCGCAAGAAGAGGCAUCGACUGGGCACCAGAAAAGGCAUGUGGAACAUGGAUCAGUACUACAAUAUUUUCCACUAUGUAAAAUCUCUUUGGAAUUUUGACAAAUCAGGACCGAAUGAUAAUAACUCUUCCAGUGGGAAUGAAGCCUAUAAUAGCGGGUUGGAUGCUAAUCAUUAUUCCACCGGUAGGGGUGUCAACAGAAGAGGUAGUGAAAGUCGAAAUGGUCCGCCACAAGGAAGGGACACCAAAAAUGGAAGGAGAAAAAAUCAAGUGCAUGAUACAAUGAACAAGAGUGAAGACAGCUCAAGUGUGUACGGCGCCUCGGACAAUUCGUCCUCCUACGACAGUAACUACGUGUCAUCUGAGAAGGAAAACAAAAAGAAGGAAUUAAAUGCGCAAGAAAAAAUCAUCGAUGGAGAGGAUGACGAUUUGACUGGCAAAAAAAAAAUUGUCAAGAAGAGCACCGAUUUUAAUAAAAAAAAAAGUGUAAAAGGAAGGCGCGGAGAAAGUCAGCCGCAUAGAGGCCAAAAAAACAGGCUAGAUAAAGACAAUGAUGCGCCAUAUGAAGAAAACACAAAUAUGCACAUGUACAUAUACUGGGACAUCAUUAAAGACAUGCAGUUUUAUAUAAACAAUCUGAUUUAUAUUAAGGCCAAGUGCAAACUAACCAUCGAUGAGGAGAUUUUCCUCUACCAAAAUUGUAACAUCAAUAUACAUAAAUACAAGCUGAUUUAUAAUAGGUACAUUAUCCUGAACAGCAUUUUAGAGUCCAAGCUGACGUCGGACAAGUGCAACCCACUUUUCUUUUACAACAUUUUGAGGAAGAAGCAGCUGGAGAACCAAGCCAAGAUGAGAAAGUACCAGAUUCAGUACCGGAAGAAAAGCAAAAUUGAUGAGCUGCACCCCACCAAGAAGUUGGAAAUGCAUCUGGCCUCACCGGAGUACAGCCUGACCUAUAAUCAAAACAGCUACGAUGUGGCGAAGAAGAAAAUGCAGCCCAUUAUGGAGAGUAAAACCCAUUUUGAAAACAUAAAGAGCAAUUUCGAAUCGCUAAAGAAUUGUCUUAGUGGCAAGAAGGAAAAUCACACAAAGGAUAACCGUCUCGUCGUCUCGAUUAACGUUCCAAAAGUGGAAGCAGUAAAAUACAUUAACAACAUUGAUGAGAAUAUAUUCAUGAACAUAAAUCUGUAUGACAAUAUUGGACAUAUUAUUAACAAUAUGAGUUACAAAAAGAUGGAGGAUAAGAACAACGUGGAGGCUCUGAACUAUCUGAACAGUCUAAUCAACUCAUUGGGCAUACAAAACUUUUUUAUAAUCUACAAUUACUUCAUUAACAAUUUGAAUGUGAAAAUAAUCAAAGGGGAAAACACCUUCCUCUAUGGAAACCUUCUCUCAAGGUACCUAUACUUUUACAAUUAUAACAUAAGUCAGUAUAGUAAAAUUAUCUAUAUAUUCAUAUUCAUCAUUAACCAUCAAGAAAUUGUGAAUAUGCUUCCAAAAAUUGACGACCAGAAAAUGAAAAAGAAUUAUUUAAACUUUUUCAAAACGAAUGACUCUGUUUUUAACUUCUUUAAUGAUAUUUUUAAAUUUGUUCAGAAUUUCCAAAAGGAAAGAAAGAAAACAAUUAAAAAGAAUAUUCUGCCCCUCAUGGUGGAUAAUAAUCUGUCCAUAUCGAUAUCUGAUGUAAUUAAGUACCGACUUAUGAUUAACAUAAACGUGGACGAUUACAUGUGUGAGAAGAGGGUCAUACAACCCUUUGACGUUAAGCCAAAUGUGCACGUCGGUUUCGAUCUUCUCAACGAGUUAUGCUUCAGCCCGUUUAAGAAGCUGUACAAGUACCUGCGCAGGGUGAAGCCAACUGGAGGGCCGACCCUCCAGGGAAGAGAGGCACCCUCUCAAGUGGUUAGCGACGGAAGAGAAGUAGACCUCACCUGGGACACGUCGCCGAGUCUAAACCAAUCCAACCGGUUAACAGCCUCUAGAAAAAGUAUGCUCAAUUUCGACUUCGAAGAGAGUAAUGUAUCGUGCCAAAACACCUAUUCGAAGAAUUUUAUCCAGAAUAUGAAAAAGGAUUAUAGGGCCUAUCUGGAUUAUCAAGGGAAGAAGAUCGAAUAUGAGUUCAUCGGGUUCAGCGCCGAGGAAAUUAAGAUGACAUUCAGUAAUGUUAAAAAGCUGAAGGAGUAUGUGAACAUGUUCGUCAGCAUUAAGGACAUUUUGCUGGAGAUUUUCGUGGGGGACAAUAAGUUGCUUGAGUGCAUAAAUGAGUUCAUCGAGGGGGCGGAGAAUGCCUGCGGGAAUGGGAGCGGGUGCGGCAGCGAUGGAGACGACUACAGCGAUAACGGAAGUGGCAACGGAAGGGGUAGCGGUAUCGAUAGCGACGGAGGGAUGACCGGAGAGAAGGAAGCACUCGCCGAGGAGAAUACACCCUGGAACGAAGACCUCGUAGAUAUAGACACACACAACGAGCAAGGCCAGAGUAACAAUCCAAAAAAAAGGGCAGAAGACAACCAGGCUGCAGGCUACUUUCUGUACAAAUUUGGAGUUCUAGGAAAAGCAGAAAAGGAAAUCAAUUUAAAAAUCCUCAUAAGGUGCUUCAUGUCAAAGUACGCGCAUGAAUAUUUAGCCAUGAUAAACCCAAAUUUGAAGAAGAACAGCGCCAAGAAAUUCAUUAACGUCGUCUUGCUGUACAUGCUUAUUAUGAACCGGAAGAUUUUCCUGCACGAGUGCAUAAGUAGCGUUAUAAAUAUUUUGAAUAUCUUCAAGGUGUACAAUUUGAAGUUGAAGCUUUUGAAGCAGAAGGAGAAGAGCGUGCGGAGGGGGGGCUCGAGUGUAGGCGCGAGCGGGAAUUUGAGCGUGAGCAGCAACGACAGAUCAGUCGCCAACGUGAACGAUGGGACGAACGGCCUGCUGAGCAAGCUUCUGAGCAGACAGAAGAAAAUCAUAAACAAAGCCAUCAACACGAUUCAGCUGGGAACGAAAAACCUGACGCAGCUGACGAUCACGGAGAGACACUACUUCACAAUGAGGAACAAAUCCAACCACCAAAAAAUCGUGCACAAAAAUUUGGAUCAUAAUUCGGAUUCGUCCGACGUGUCCACAUGCUACUUCUCGAGUGACCAAUACGAGCAGAGGCGGGGAACUCGCCCUGUAAAGAGAGAAGAAAAUGAGGGGAGAAAAUACUUGAACGGUUUAGGUGGCAAGGUGGUGGACCCAUUAUUGCUGGGUUUGCACCAGGAAGAACAAGACGAGGAAAGAAUGAAUAACGCGGAAAAAAGGCACAACGAGGAAAAAAGGAAGAACGACAGAAGAGUGCACAGCGGGGAGAGUGCCAACUGCUACUACACGUACGACCCGAGGCUGCUAAUCUUUGAGUACACGAAUAAUUUAAUAAUACGAAAGAAGCAAGUAAAAAUGAUAAAGAAGUUUAAGAGAGAUUUUAUAAAAAAAAAAAAACAGUACUGUUAUCAAAUAAUUAUGGGUGGAGGAAAGACAACCGUGUUGUCACCUCUCUACUUUUUAAUCUUUUCCAACUACUUUUUAGUGUUUAAUAUGUGUCCGCAGCCCUUAAUUCACUUUACGAUAAAUACAUUCCGAUCGAGAUUUUCCUCCAUCAUAAAGAAGAAUAUCUACUAUUUUAAUUUCAAUCGAUACGAUAAUAUCACUACGGACUUGUACGUAAGCCUGUGUAGUGCACUAGAGAACAAAUACAUUUUGGUGACUAGCCCAACGUGUAUCAAGUCACUGUUCCUUAAAUUGGUGAACACAAUCCAGGAGCUAAAUAAUAUCAAAACGUUUGACAUGAUUAAACAGAAGGCGAAAACGCACAUUACGGAUGCCCUGACGAAAUUUCUAGGGUUUCAAAAUGAUGAAAAUUCAAUGAAUACGUCUAAUUCCACUGGACUCAGAAAAACAAAUACGAGUACGUCUGGUUAUGCGUCCAAGAAUGGGCAGCCACCCUCGACAAGUGAUUACAAUAUGCUCAAGAAACAGCUCGAUUUGUCCGUAAGAAUUUUCGACAUAUUAAAUAAAAGUAUCUUACUGAUUGACGAAAUUGACAACGUUUUGCAUCCCCUCAAGAGUGAGCUACAUUGGCCUUACGGCACAAACAGAGAAAUUGAUCUCGUCAAUGUGGUGAGAAAUUUUACUGAUGUGUUCAUGAACAAUCCCUAUUUGAAAUUUCUGUACGAUACUAAAAAUGACGACGUGGAUAUUAGGAGCGUCAAAAUUGCGGUAGCGAAUCGGAGGGAAGUAAGCGCCAAUUUGUUGAAUCAUAUUAGACAGCUUCGGGAGGAGGAGCAAGCCCAGAGACAGGCGCAGAUACAGUUACAGCGUCAAUUGCAACUGGAAGGAGGUAACGAUGAGGAUGAGGAAAUGAGGAGGGCAGGCCAACAUAUCAAUUACGGAGGUACGGGAGGUAGAAACUCUUACCAUCUAGACCCUCUCUGCAGUGACGCUAAAGUGAGACUCAAAAAUGGAGCAAUCAGCCAUUUUAACAACUCGUUAUCAACGCAGUUGUAUAGAAAAGAAAAUGCAGGUGAUUACGGGGGGGUUCACCGUAACAUGGGAGAAAGUGCCAUAUCGGGGGGUGCACUUGUCUCAGUAGUGAAUGGAACAACCAAGUACGGAUCUGUGAAUAUGCCAAACAGCGGAGAGACAAGCACAGCAUAUUCUUACGUCGAUUUGAGUCUAUUCAGAUAUAAGCUAAGUUGGGUCCUUAUCGAUUUUUUCUUCUACCCUGUGUGUAAGAAGCUAACCAUCCCGAUGGACAUCCACUUCAAUACGAACACAGAAUAUAUAGACGACCUCCUAAACACGUUUAGCAAAGAAAUCGAAAAUGGGAUAAGAAACCACGACAUUUCAUUGAUCCCGCAUUUCCACAUAAUAAAUUUUAAGUGGUAUGAUAAUAUUAUCUGGAUCAUUGCUCGCUAUGUGUACUACUUUUUACUAUGUUAUAAGGUAAGUGGGGUGUCGCAAAAGGUGAUUGAGUCCUACUUAUGCAUUCCUCUGUGCAUCGGCUACAAUGACAUUAACGUGAAGAAUAGGUGCAAAGAUAACAACUUCAGUAGCUCCACCAUAAGGAGAUUAUUAAAUAUAAAAAAAAUUUCGAACAAGAAUUAUACAACCGAUGCAAACAAUCUGAGGAAUGAAGAUCUGCACGUCCUAUCGAGUGAUUACCAUUUUAAAAUCUUUGAACAGAUAAAUACGUUGGAUUAUAUUUUGUGUAAAAUUUUAAAUCUUUGUCGACUUUACAUCAAUGGAAUUUUGCCAUUUGUUUUCUCUAAAGUGAAUACGGUGCAUUAUGGAAUUCUUUCGGCGGAGCAGAUUAAUAGGUGCAAAAUGAUCAUGAGCAAGAGUAGGUACUUCCUGGCCGUUCCUUACAUUGGCAAGGACACUCCCUCUGAGAUGUCCGAGUUUACAAAUGUCGAUGUGGUGGUUUCUCUGAGCAUUUUGUCGUAUCGGUACCAAGGCAUGAGAUACUUUGACUUCAUCCUGAGUAUGAAAAAUAUGUUGUACAACUAUUCUCUCGAAAAGGAUUAUGAGCGUGUGCAGAGCGACUCCUCCGAGGGGAGCGCCAGUGAAGAGCGAAGCGGUACCCGUGAGGGAAGCGGCAGUGAUGAGGGAAGCGGCAGUGAUGAGCGAGGCAGCAGUGAUGAGGGAAGCGGCAGUGAUGAGGGAAGCGGCAGUGAUGAGGGAAGAGGCAGUGAUGAGGGAAGCGGCAGUGAUGAGGGAAGCGGCAGUGAUGAGCGAGGCGGCAGUGAUGAGGGAAGCGGCAGUGAUGAGGGAAGCGGCAGUGAUGAGGGAAGCGGCAGUGAUGAGGGAAGCGGCAGUGAUGAGGGAAGCGGCAGUGAUGAGGGAAGCGGCAGUGAUGAGGGAAGCGGCAGUGAUGAGGGAAGCGGCAGUGAUGAGGGAAGCGGCAGUGAUGAGGGAAGCGGCAGUGAUGAGGGAAGCGGCAGUGAUGAGGGAAGCGGCAGUGAUGAGGGAGGUAGCAGUCGUGAGCAAAGCAGCAGUGAGGAGAGAAGCGCCAGUGAUGACGAACUUCUGGACAAGGCAGAGAGGUACGCACACACGAGUGGGGACCAAGCGGGUGGAGGAAGUUCUGCGAAAAGGAACAGCUUGAUUGAAAAGAAUAAGUCUUGCAGCGGGGCGACCCCCACCGAGGAAAAGAGUGGGAAAAAAUCCAGAGAAAAGACGCAAAAGGCGCGCAAAGGAGAAGUGAAGACAAAGAAAGGUAAGGGAAAGAAGACAGAUGAAAAGGUAAGAAGAAUCGCAAAACAGACAGGUGAAAAGGUGAAAAGGAGAGAGAAACAAACGAAGAGGGAGUUAAAAAACAUGUACGAUUUGUACAGAGAAGUGAUCGAAACAAGCGGAGCAAAAAUAAGGAAAACGAAAAAGGAUAUUAACAACACAAACUUUUUCAUAUACGACAACAAAAUAAAGAAGAGGAGAGAACAAAGUAGGAAAACCAAGCUAGGAAAAAAUUACGUGGAUAAUAUAGACAGGAUUGAUUUAAGCGAUAAAGAAAUUAUGUACAAUCUGUACAAUUUAACCAGAAAGAACCCAUUACUAAUUAGUUAUUUCCUGUUGGGAAUUAUUCUUAACAGAUACAUCAAGCAUACAGAAAAGCAGCUUUCGUCAAAUUCCCAAGAUUUGACGAACAAUGUUUUGUUUAAGUAUGUUGUAGGGUAUAGUGGAACGAGUAAUGAUAUACUGCCUGAAGAAAUUCACAAAUGUAAAUUUGAAAAAAGAACCAUUGGUUCGAUACUUAACAUUAUUAAUGAUCCUCAGAUUGUGAACUUUAUUUUCUUGCCAUCUCAAAUUGCCCCCCUUGAUAUUUUAAGGAGCCUGACAUUUUCAAAAAUAAAAUUCAAUAGCCUUAUCGAUACGGGUUACCUGAUUAAUAAUAUUUCGCCAAAGAAAGUCGCCUACUAUAUUUUACAAUUCCUGGACUAUAUCGAGUGCUGUGUGUACAUCGAUAAUGGGAAGCACAUGUGUAUGUUGCCCCUGGAGAGGAAAAGGCGAGGAAAGAGAGAGAGAAAAAAAAACAGAAAUAAAGUUCUGGUGCAAUCCCCGGAAAAGGGGAAACAGGACAAGGUACGUGGUGCGGGACACACAGGGAAGAGCACCCCAGAUGCGAGGGAAACGCGCAAGAAUGCCAAAUCGGCAAUGAAAAGAAGGAGAGAAAAAAAUCCAAGUAAUGACAAACAAAGUGGAAAUAAAAUAGAAAAUAAUCUGCACCUGAAUGUUGAAAUUAUUCCGCUGCAAGAUUGCUACGUUCCAAUUAAGAAACGGUUCAUCUACUUUGAUCACAUCAAUACUUUUGGGCAGGACAUAAAGCAGUACGUGAAUGCGAACAGCUUGGUCACUGUCAAUAUCGGAAAUGACAUUUCUUCCUUCAGUCAAGGUGUCUUUCGCUUGCGAUCGAUCGGCAUGAACCAGAAAAUAUUCUUCCUCAUCCCCAUGUGCCUCGUCAAACUGAUGAACGUAAGCACGAGUCUGUUUAAGGACGCAGUUGCUGCGGACGUGGUGAGGGGUAAAUCAGUAGGGGUACGGAUAGGAGGAGGAUCCCAUCCCAACCAUUGUAGCAAACAACGUGUGGAUCUCGCCUCGCACGAUGAGAAGCAAAUGUUGAGGAGGUUCGCCAAACGGAAGAAGCGAGUCCUCCGCGAGUGCAACAAGAACUACAGCGAGGGCAGCCAGACGGAGUCCGAGAACGGCAUGGAGGAGGAGACCAUGCUCUUGAGUAGCAGCAGCGGGGAAAGCGCGGCAAGCGGAGAGAUCGUUCGGGGCAGUGAACGUGGAAAGAAACCCCCAUCUAGCGGUGGGAUAAACAUAAAUGGUGGUGGGACAGCUCACCAGGAUGACGACAUUGAGGACAUUCCCCUGGGGGAAGACGAAGAGAAGGAUCACUCCCGACAUGUGAUGGACCCGCGGGAAGAAUGCAUGUUCGUGAUCGACUGCUACAAUAGUAUCCACUUGGAAGAAAACUCAAAGGAACAGGUUCUAAAAGAGUUAACGUACUACCUCAUUCUUAACAACAUAAGUAACAACAUAAAGCAAUGUGAACUUCUGUGCGUGCAUGGCAUAGUUAACAUUAUAAAGAGGAAGAGCAUCAGGAUGCUGUUAGAAAACCACAUAAACAUCGGGGUUUUUAAUUAUAGAGAUUAUUUGGGUAUUUUCAACACAAGUAUCGAUUUCGACGUACAGACACAGGUACCGUCCAAGAGCAGCUCAUUACUUUGCAUAGUCCAGCUGAUUGAGAAGUUUCAAAAUAUUUUCACCAAAGAGGAUGAAUUAUUUCUUCAGGACAUUAUUUAUCGGUACUUUUGCCUACAUUACGAUAUUUCUAAUAAAACGAUCGUAAUGUAUUUUGACGCCUUUUUUCCUCGAAAGGAUUUUAUGAGGACAAAUUUGCCGCACGUAAUUUUAGACCUAUUUGAAAAGCUCAAGAAGAUCAAAAAGGACCAGUGUGUUAUGUCGUAUAAGAAAAGCUUCACCAAGAGGAACACCAACAAUGAGUACAACGCGGAGGAUGAUAACUCGAUCGACAAUCACUUGUUCAGUCUAGAAAAUGAACAGGAGAAAGAGAAGGAAAAAGAGAAAGAAAAGGAGAAGGAAAAAGAAAAGGAGAAGGAGAAAGAAAAAGAAAAAGAAAAGGAAGAAGAAAAAAUUACGGAAGAUCAAAAAAAAAAAAACAUAAAAUGUAAGAAAGAUGAAUACAAAUUGUAUAGAUGGACCAUGGAUGAUAUUAACUCAGAUUUAUUUGGAGCUAAGACAAAAAAAAGGCCAGAUCAAAUCAAAGGGGAAGAAGCAACUGGAACCAUUUCUUACAUAAAUAAUAAAGUUGUAGAGAAAUUCACUCGCUUCACGGAUGGUGGCCAUCUGUUUAUCCCCCUGAAUAAAAUACCAGUGAAUGAUAUCCACAUUAAUUUCCCCUCCUAUGUGUAUGUCUCCAAAAAUUUUAUAAACUCAGACUCAAUCAACACCAAGAAAGGGAAGAAGCUCAUGAAUGUCCUUGUCGUUAUCGAGUGUGUGCACAAUGCAGAGGGAGAAGUCACCCCCUUGGAUCAACAGAGACACAACAACUAUGACGAAUAUGCAGAAAGAGAAGCUUUGGAAAAUAUCUGGAACAUUCUAAAGGAAGAUAAUAUACAAGAGAUCCUAAAUAUUUUAGACAUCAAUCCUUUUAAGUAUUCCUAUGACUUGGCGAAAGUUAUGACGGACCAUGUGAAGAAAAAUGAAUUUGAUGGCAACAGGUUUGAUAGCUUCCUUUCGCUACUAAACAGAAUGGAACUUUACUUUAGCAAUAAAAACAAAAAGUACAUCAUUGUAAGCUUGCAAGAAGCGGAAACAUUGCGUUAUUACAUCCAUAAGAGGUUCAGUAGGCAGAAAGUGGCGACGGCCCUGUCCGGUAGAUCCUCCUAUUUGGUGAAGACGGACAGUUUUUACCUUCCUUCCAAGGGGGGCCAAAACAGAAAUGCUAAUUUUGCCCUUCAAGGAUCUACCGAGAAGAAAGAGCAAACCCACUCGAUUGGUGACAACCUUUUUGACGCUCCCAAUGAGGGAGGUACCAACAAUGCGCAAGUAGCGCAGGGAGGCCCCGACUUAAAUCACGAAAUAGAGAACUUUAUGGAGAAAGAAAUGUUCCAAGAUAAUUUAAUAAACGAUGGAUGGGGGCUGAACAACAACCUCUCCAGCAUAGCAUUCGAGGGAAAAGACGAAGCAGACGAUAUGGAUCACUUUUUUAUGGAGGACAUUAACAAAAAGGAAGUAGAAAUGAAGGCAGACGUGAGUCAUACAAACAAAUGGGAACCUACACAGGGGGGGACGGCUAAGGAGGAACAAAAUGUAGAACUGCUAUCCAUCUAUGAGAAGGAAAAAAUGGAGAUUGAAGGAGUAAAGGAGGAAAAUUUCUUUUCAGAUGUGUACAUAAAUCUGUACAACUACCACUUUUGGUUCACCCCCAUCGAAAUUACGGACCGAAAUAAUCUGAGGAAAUAUCUCUCCAGGCAAAUACAAAUUGUGUACAGCGUAUGUAAAUUUUUUAACUCGGAUCGAAAAUUUAUUGACGCACAUGUGAAUUUGUUGCUGCAGUAUUUGAAUUUUAAUGCACCCAAGCACCGAUUUAGCUAUUUCAAUGAUUUGUAUCUGCUGAGGAGAAUAAUGAAGGACAAUCUGACCAAGAAUAAUCUCAAAAUGCCUGAGAAGAAGAGUCUCCUCAUCAAGAAAAAUAUGGAAUUAGAAAUGGUGGAAAAAAAGCUGUUUGAAGCGAAUGGAGACAUUUAUGCUUUUAAAAUUAUGCAACAAACUGUGAGACAAGGAUUAAAAAAAAAACAAUUAACACUUCAAGAAAUUUUUGACAAAGAUGAUUUAGACUACAUCUGCAGCAAACAGGACAUUCGAAUCCUUUUCGACUUCUUAAAUAUUCGGGAUAGAAACUGUGUCAAUGUUUUAUUUGACAUUUUGGGCUCCACGAUUUCUUUGCACGAGCUGUGCUUUACUCUGAACCCUGUGGAAAAUAUCAAAAAAACGGAGUUCCAGAAGGACCUGUACACUGAGGACAAGAAGAGAUAUACCGAGGAGUUUAUCAGUGAAGCUGAAAAGUACCUUAAGAAUUUUAGGUUUUCCCUCACGGAGCACACGUAUUUUAAGGUGAUAUGGUCCGGCAGGAUUUCCAGCCAACGAAUUGUUCAGGAAGCGGUGGACAGUCGAGAGGCAGCCACACUUGGCGGAGAGAAAAGGGCUCCGUUCGGCCAAGAGGCUAGCGAUUACGUUAUCGGCGCUUCGUUAAGUGUGGCAUCGUUAGGUGGUGCAUCGUUAGGCGGUGCAUCGUUAGGCGGCGCAAGCAGGAACGCCCCCCCGAGUGAGCGAGACCCCUGCCACAAGUCGGCAACGAACGAUUUGCUAAGCGACAUCUUUGGAUUCAACAGGGCGCAGGGAAGCGAGCAGGAUCCCAUGUAUACCGAGCAGAUUAAUCACCCAGUCAGAAGCUCGGAGCAAUUUUACAUCUAUGAAGCCGAAAAUAUAGACCCUAAAGACAGAGGAAUGAUGAGUAAAAAUAAACAUAAAAUUAUUUUUGGCCAUUAUGCAUCGACCAAGCCAGCAGAUAACAAUUUCCCCGUAUUGGAGAUGACAGACAUAUCGAUUAACAGCAUGUACACAAGUGCAUCUGCCCAAGAAAUUCUUAACCUUCUAUUCCCUUAUCCUAAAAAGUAUUUGUUACUGUGGCAUGAAGAUUAUUCCAUAAAGAGCGUCGAUGAGUGUCUUCACAUAUGGAAGCCCGUCUUGUCGUCUGCCCACAUGUCCGGUACCACCUUCCUGGGCUUCCUGGCUUCCGUUGGCCCGCACCAGCCCCCCUUGAACAAGAUCCGGGCUCUACCUAAGUCGUUGGUCAAGGUGGUGCAGAAUAAGAAGUUCGCCACCUUUUACUCGGACAAUAGCUUCUCCAUCGACAACUCGGGCCUGUUCAACUCGCUGAAUGUUCACUUUUUCAACGGCCUGGACCUUAAAAACUACGAAGAAUUCCUCUUCAAGAAUUUCUCCCUUAACAUUGUCGCCAAGGUUAAAAAGAUCAAGUCUGUGAAUGAAGACAUCUUCAAUUUAUGGGGCGAAGAAAAGCCGCAGGAGCAGGAGAAUGAUGACGAGACCUCCCCAGAGUGGGAAAUAAUUCCCCAGAGUUUUUAG